GGCCAAAUCUGAAAGACGCGAGAAAAUUUCUUCGCUUCACCGCCAUCUGGGGACCGAGGGCACUCUGAAAAUCAAUAUUUGGGAAGAAUUUUUUUUUUCUGUUGUCGUGCCUGGAUUAACGCGCCGAAAGGAUUCGAGGUGAGGAUGGAGACACCAUCUCUAGACGUCGAGGUCGUCCUACUGGAUAUCGAAGGAACUGUUUGUCCGAUCUCCUUCGUCAAAGAUGUCCUGUUUCCCUACGCCCUCCAAGCCCUCGACGAGAUCCUAGCCACCCAAUGGACCUCCCCAACCUUCCUCCCCUACCGAGACGCCUUCCCCCCUGAACACCGCACCUCGCCCUCCGCCUUCCGCGCACACGUGCACGACCUCGUCGCGCGGGACGUCAAGAUCGCCUACCUGAAGAACCUCCAAGGCUACCUUUGGAUCCGGGGCUACGAGUCCGGCAAGAUCAGAUGCCCGCUGUUUCCUGACGUGUAUCCGUCUUUCCAGAAGUGGCACGAAAAAGGAACCCCAAUCGUGAUUUACUCGUCGGGGUCGGUGGCGGCGCAGAAAUUGCUGUUUCAGUACACGGGGGAUGGCGAUUUGAGAGGUUUGAUAGAGGGGUGGUUUGAUACGGUGAAUGCGGGGAUGAAGAUGCAGAGGGAGAGUUAUUUGACAAUUGCUGGGACGAGGGGGGUGGAGGUGGGGAGGUGGUUGUUUUUGAGUGAUAGGGUUGAGGAGGUGGGUGCUGCGAGGCAGGCGGGGAUGCAGAGUUUUGUGGUUGUUAGGGAGGGGAACGCUGCAUUGAGUGAGGAGGAGAAGAGGGGGCAGGUUUUGAUUGGGAGUUUUGAUCAGAUUAGGAUCAAUGGUGUUUGAUGGAGGUUUACUCUUAUGGUCUUACCCCUCUAGGCCUGAAGAGCUUCAGUAGCUUUCCAGCGUUAUUUCCAAGGACUAAGCGUAGCUUUUCUAGCUGUGAGCUGGCUGUCUAAUCCGAGAAAUAAAACUCCUGCAAAAAGAGAAAAGUGCAC